AUGAGCAGCGAUGCCUCACUUGCCCCAAACCCUCAGAGCAAGGUUGAGUCCCCAAGUACAUAUUUCCAAACACAUCCUCCCGGCAUAAGCUACCUCCAAUAUUCUCUCGAGAAAGAAUCCGAGUACCUGCCCCAGAUCCGCGAAUUGAUUUCCAAAGACCUCUCCGAACCCUACAGCAUCUAUGUGUACAGAUAUUUUCUCUACCAAUGGGCGGAGCUGUGUUUUAUGGCAGUUGAUACAACGGACAACAACAAGCUGGCUGGCGUGGUAAUAUGCAAAUUGGAACCACAUCGGGGAGGCCCUUUAAGAGGGUAUAUUGCGAUGCUUGCUACUAAAGACAACUUUCGCGGCAAAGGCAUCGCUACGACUUUGGUCAGCAAAGCGAUCGACUUGAUGAUAGAAAAAGAUGCAGACGAGAUUGCCCUGGAGACCGAGGAGACAAAUACCGCAGCAAUGAAGCUAUACGAAAGGCUGGGCUUUUUGAGAAGCAAAAAGCUUCACCGGUACUACUUGAACGGCAAUAGUGCAUAUAGAUUGCUGCUGUAUCUGAAGGAAGGCGUGGGGACAAUGCCGACAGAACAAGACCAGUAUGGUGAUGUUCCCGUCCAUGGACAAGAUGAUCCAAGAUAUCAGCAUCGCAAUUCCGAGGACAUUUUCAGCCAGGGAAUUGUCUGA